AUGGUGAAGAGACAGCAGAGACGACCGCGGACGUUUGAGAGCGUGACAGUCUUGGAGGAGGCAGAGAAGUGGCGCAGUCAGUGUCUGGAGGAGAUAUCGCGCAAAGUUGAGCGAAUCAACGACCCAGAAGUGGAGGAUAGUCAGCUUCGAGGACUCAACGACGACAUUAACCGGCUGUUGCGCGAGCGACGUGGCUGGGACGCGCAGAUCAAGAAACUUGGUGGGCCAGACCAUCUGGGAGUGGUGGCAAAUACCUACAAGUACUUUGGUCGGGCAAGAGAUUUGCCAGAAGCACACAGAAUCAGGAAAAAGGAAUCGGGCAGUUCAGGCCAGGUUCUGAAUACACAGCAAUUCACCCAGCUCAACGAGACAGAUCUCGGGCCUGAGUACUACGGGUACACAGAGCCGCCACUAGACUUGAAAGUGCCGUCCGAUACGCCCAGAUCUGGCCAAUCUGCGCUGCUUGAUUUCGAGGCCCAGAGAAGCCUCGAAUUGCGGCAGAAACGAGAACCUUCUGGCGCUUUACAUUUUGCACCGCUUCCUUCUGAAAAAGAGUUCGAGACGGCGGUGCUAGAGUUGCGCAAAAAACAGCUGCUUGAACGGCUCCAAAAUCGAUAA